AUCUGCGCGGAGCUCUGCAAGCUGCCCGUGUGCCGCACCGGGUUGAAGGACCACGACGGCUUCACGGCGCUCCAGAUCGCGCAGCGCUGGGGCUUCAGCGGUGCCGCUGAUGCGAUCUUCCGGGCAGUGAACCCGAUGCCAGAGCUGGAUCUGCAAGUCGUGGCGCCGCCGGAAGAGGAGGAGCCGCCUCCACAAGACAAGGCUCCCAAAGGAUCUGGGCGGUUGAAGCCCGGAAAACGCUCCUCCGUCAAGGACACGAGCUUCUUCGACCAGACACGGACUACCCGACGCUGCCAGGACAACAAGAGGGGCUCAAUCGCCUCUUCGCAGCAGUCCCUGCGGCGCUUGUCCUCUCGGGGAUCUUCGCAGGGCCGCCAGACUUCCAAGCGAUCCUCCCUGCGAACAGAGGACAGCCGCCCAGUCUCCCGUGGGUCAUCCCAGGGGGCUGACGGCAAGCGCUCCUCCCUCAAGCGUUCGUCCCUGACCCCGCAGGACCGCCGCCGCUCCUCGGGCGGCGCCUCGCGGAGCUCCCGACCAACUUCUCAGCAAAGCUCGCGGCAAUCCCUCUCGCGAGAAGCUUCGCGGCAGUCCUUGGGGGAGGACGGAGGUAGCCGGAAGAAUUCUCAGGAGGAUCUGGGGAAUCUGGAGCAAGAUCAGCGCGAAGGCUUCUCCGAUGCGGAGGGCAGCACAGGCGAGCCAGCUUCACCAGAGGAACUGGAGGCUUCACCCUCCGAGGCCGGUCUGUCGGAGGUCUCCGAAGGGCCGCCGCCCUUGCCAGAAGAUCUGGGAUAUCAAUCGGGCUUCCAGGCCGUCGAGGACAAUCGCUUGGAUGAUGCCAUGGCCUUGGUGCGUACCCCGAUGUGGCCGUUCACCAAUGAAGUGAACAAGCGGGGCUGGACCUUGCUCCAUGUGGCCGCCUACAAUGGCCUGGAGGAGCUCUGCCGGGCCAUGUGCCAGCGGAAGGACUUCUUGGGCAUCGACCAACCUGAGAAGGACUUCUGGGCUACGCCCCUGCACCUGGCCGCGGGCAAGCGCCGUCCUGAGUGCUGCAGCGCCAUCAUCGAGAGUGGCAGAUGCAACCAGGUGAAUGCCAAAGACAUGCAGGGCCGGACAGCACUUCAUUUGGCAGCCUUACGAGCUGACAAGGAGUCCUAUGCAGCCAUAGCGGCGCACCCGGACUGCAACCCCUUGCUGCCGGACAGCCAGGGCAAGUCGGCCUUGGAAUAUGCCGCAGAUCGUGGCCUCAAGGCAGGUCGCAUCAGCCUCCACACUCGGUUUCUUUUCCGCCGACGGAUCCCACACGAGUCCCGAGUUUCGACCCCGCGGGGAGAGCGCACGGAGCACGAGACGGAUCGAGCGGAUCGGCGGACCGUGCCGGAUGUGGCGAUGGACGAGCCGUGCUUCUUCACGGUGACCAGCAGCGAUGACCCGAGUCCGUUGCAUUUUCAACUGGGCCCCACAGAUGAUCCACUGAAGGUGGGUCGGAACAAAAAAUGUGGUCUCGUGGUGAAUCAGCCGGGCGUCUCCUGGGUCCACUUCGAGAUCAAGUUCUCGCCAGAGACGGGUGGUUUGAUGGUGAAGGACUUCUCCACCAAUGGCGUGGGCCUUCGUUGCCGUGGCAGCGACAUGACCAAGGUGGAGAAGGACGUGGACACCGAGCUCCCGAGCGGUGCCACCCUGACGGUGCCCUUUCGGGUGCGCCCGAACCAGCCCGGCGAGUGUCAAACCUCCUUGACCUUCAGCAUCGACAACGUGGACUCGCCCUCCAGCGAGCUCACGGAAUCGGAGGAGGCUCCUGAAGUUCACGAGGAGGUCGAAACCGAGCAGAAAGGCAAAAGGAAGAAACCAGAAGCGAAGGAGAAGGGUGGCAAGGAGAAGAAGAAAAAGAUGAAGCAUGACUUUGCCGCCGGGCAGUUCGUCCGCGUCGUUGGCCUAAAGGCCAAGAGCGAGCUCAAUGGCAAGGUUGGCUUGCUGGUGGAAUGGGAUGAGGCCAACAGCUAUUGGAAGGUCCGCAUGGAGGACGGCACGGGUAAAGCCUUCCGCCCGGUGAACCUGGAGCCGCACCAAGUGCCCCCACCGACCGCCGAGCGCGCGGAGCGCGCGGAGCGCGCGGAGCGCGCAGAGCCCGAGGGUUGCACGAUCCCACCGCCCCCGCCAGAUGAGCCAGCCCCCGCGCAGGACUUGCCUCCGGGCCCACCCGGGCCGCCCGGAGGUCCGCCCGGGCCGCCCGGGCCGCCCGGUCCACCGGGCCCGCCGGGCCCGCCGGGCGCUGCGGGUGCCAACGGGGUGAAGCCGAAGGAAGCCGUCUCAUCUGUGCGGCCACCCUUGCAGGUGAUUCCGCCGGGUGCAGCUCAAACCAUGCUUCCGAUGCCCAUGCCAAUGCCAAUGCCUAUGCCGACCAUGAUGCCAAUGCUGUCAGGGAUGCCUUUGAUGCCACCCAUGAUGGGUCUGCCUUUGCCAGCACCGCGACGUCCGUGA